AUAAAACAUCAUUUCCGUUGGUGAUGUCAACGGAAAACGUUGCAAACGGGAAGAGCCGUAGGUUGACAGCAGGACGGAUAUCAUUAACUAUCUACGCCUAUGUGUACAUUACAAACAACCAAAUAAUCAAAUUUCAACAUCAAAAGGCACGACCACACUCUGGCAAACAUGUCAUAUGGCAAAGCAGAGAGAAGCCUUGUCUCACAGGACUUCAACAGUCUUAUACAGACAUGCAGCUCCAACAUCCAAAAGAUCACACAAAACACUGCUCAGAUCAAGACUGUGGUGAACAAGCUGGGGACCAGACAGGAUACCAGUGAACUUCAGGACCAUCUGCAGCAGAUACAACACUACACCAAUCAACUGGCAAAAGAAACCAACAAACACCUAAAGGAGUUGGGGUCAAUCCCUUUGCCCUUAUCACCCUCAGAGCAAAGGCAGCAAAAGAUCCAGAGGGACCGACUCAUGAAUGAUUUCUCGGCAGCUCUAAACAACUUCCAAGCAAUCCAGCGACGUGCAGCAGAGAAGGAGAAAGAGUCAGUAGCCAGAGCAAGAGCUGGAUCCCGCUUAUCAACUGAAGACAGUUCUCGAGAUGAAAAGCUUGUAUCUUUUGAUAACCAAGAGGACUGGGGUCAGAUGACCACCCAGACUGAGGAAGUAGCCUUCACAGAGGAAGACCUGGAGCUCAUCAAGGAGAGAGAGACCAACAUCAGGCAGUUGGAGUCUGACAUCUUGGAUGUAAACCAGAUCUUUAAGGACCUGGCAGUGAUGAUUCACGACCAGGGAGAAAUGAUAGAUAGCAUUGAGGCAAAUGUGGAAAAUGCUGAAGUUCAUGUAGAACGAGGAACAGAGCAGCUCCAGAGAGCUGCCUACUACCAGCAAAAGUCCAGAAAGAAGAUGUGUAUCCUUGCUAUGGUUUGUUCCAUUGUACUCAUAAUACUUGCCAUCAUUAUCUGGCAAGCUACAAAGUAAUCUGAUUUCACACAACCAAUGUUUCAUUACUAUAUCUAACUCUGGCCCCACUUUCUUGCAAGUACCUGCUUAGAAUCACAAAGAGUGAGGAAAGACUGAUGACUGGACAGUGGAAUAAAUCUAAAGAGAGAGCUGAUCAGUGUGGAAAACAUCCAAACUGAUCAGGUCCAUUGUUUUGUUAAAUAGCUGUAAAGCAUCCUAUAAUUGAGGAGACAGUUUCCCUCAUUCAUUUUUCUUAAUGACUGCACUAACAAUAGUUGUCACUGUAUUUCAAAUGUAAACUAAAAUUGAUUAUACACGACCUGUUUGUGUGUUUUGUUUAUUUGAUUUUGUUUUGUUUUUACAUUUAUUAUUAUGACUUCUUGUCUUCACAAAAACAGCAUUCUGUUGAUGACAGCCAUUGUUGGGCUAUACAUUUUGUAAAAUAAAAAGUAAACCAGAUACAAAUAUAAAUCGAUGUCAAUAUGUAAAUACUCUGUUAUAAACAUCAAUGAUUAUAAAUAAUGACAGUAUCUCCAAACUGAAAUGUGCUUCAAAAAAGUGUUUUAGGGUGAUUUCUAUGACUCAUGACAGUAUGGGAAAUAAAAGUGUUAAACUCUU